AUGGUGUCACCACUCUGCGACUCUCAAUUACUAAACCACCGCCCUACGAUCUCACCUACACCUCCUCAUUCCGUGAUCGCCAACCAAAAAUUCCUCCGCCAUAAUCGUCUUCUCACCUCUUCCCCUUUCUUUGGCGCAAAACUCGGAAACGGAAUCAAAUUAGGUUUAUCAGGAUGUGGUGGUAGAAGUAGUAGUAGCUCCUCUCCUCUUCGGAUGAGGAGCAGCACGAGUGUAAAAGCUUCAUUAAGUGGCCUUCUCAGCGGGAUUUUCAAAGGUUCUGAUAACGGAGAGUCCACGAGGCAACAGUACGCAGCGAUUGUAGCUUCCGUUAAUCGGUUGGAGACGGAGAUUUCGUCUCUUUCCGAUUCGGAUUUGCGUGGGAGGACUGAUAAGUUGAAGCAACGCGCUCAACAAGGAGAAUCCAUGGAUUCACUUCUCCCUGAAGCCUUUGCUGUUGUGAGAGAAGCUUCCAAGAGAGUCCUUGGACUUCGACCUUUCGAUGUGCAAUUAAUAGGUGGUAUGGUCCUUCAUAAAGGAGAGAUAGCAGAGAUGAGAACUGGUGAAGGGAAAACUCUUGUAGCCAUUUUACCUGCCUAUCUGAAUGCGUUAAGUGGGAAAGGUGUUCAUGUGGUUACAGUUAAUGAUUAUCUUGCUCGUAGAGAUUGUGAAUGGGUUGGUCAAGUUCCUCGCUUCCUUGGAUUGAAGGUUGGUUUGAUCCAACAGAAUAUGACACCUGAACAAAGAAAGGAAAACUAUUUAUGCGACAUCACAUAUAGUGUGGAGGAGCUCGUCUUGAGGGAUUUCAACUAUUGUGUAAUUGAUGAAGUUGAUUCCAUUCUUAUUGAUGAGGCAAGGACUCCUCUCAUUAUCUCUGGGCCUGCAGAGAAACCUAGUGAGCAAUACUACAAAGCUGCAAAAAUUGCUUCAGCCUUUGAGCGCGAUAUACAUUAUACUGUUGAUGAAAAGCAGAAGACUGUUUUACUAACAGAGCAGGGUUAUGAAGAUGCAGAAGAAAUCCUGGACGUGAAAGAUUUGUAUGAUCCUCGUGAACAAUGGGCAUCAUAUCUUCUUAAUGCCAUUAAGGCAAAAGAACUUUUUCUCAGAGAUGUGAACUAUAUCAUCCGAACUAAGGAGGUUCUUAUCGUGGAUGAGUUUACUGGUCGUGUAAUGCAGGGAAGACGUUGGAGUGACGGACUACAUCAAGCAGUUGAAGCAAAAGAAGGCUUGCCAAUUCAGAAUGAAUCUAUUACACUGGCAUCGAUUAGUUAUCAAAAUUUCUUUCUUCAGUUCCCAAAACUUUGCGGGAUGACUGGUACCGCAUCGACCGAAAGUGCAGAAUUUGAGAGCAUAUACAAGCUGAAAACUACAAUUGUACCCACAAAUAAGCCGAUGAUAAGAAAGGAUGAGUCAGAUGUGGUUUUCAAGGCAGUUAAUGGCAAAUGGCGGGCAGUGGUAGUGGAGAUUGCAAGAAUGCAUAAGACUGGUAGGGCUGUGCUAGUUGGUACAACCAGCGUUGAGCAGAGUGACGAGCUUUCGCAACUUUUGCAGGAAGCUGGAAUAACUCAUGAGGUCCUCAAUGCAAAACCAGAAAACGUGGAGAGGGAAGCUGAAAUUGUAGCACAAAGUGGUCGUUUAGGGGCUGUAACAAUUGCCACAAAUAUGGCCGGGCGUGGGACAGACAUAAUUCUCGGUGGAAACGCAGAGUUUAUGGCACGUUUGAAGCUCCGUGAGAUACUCAUGCCCAGAGUGGUGAAGCCUACUGAUGGUGUUUUCGUAUCUGUGAAGAAGGCCCCUCCCAAGAGGACGUGGAAGGUGAAUGAGAAGUUAUUUCCAUGCAAAUUGUCAAAUGAGAAAGUGAAGCUAGCUGAGGAAGCAGUACAAUCAGCUGUAGAGGCUUGGGGCCAGAAAUCGUUAACUGAGCUUGAAGCAGAGGAACGUCUGUCUUACUCUUGUGAAAAGGGUCCUGUCCAGGAUGAAGUCAUUGGUAAACUAAGGAAUGCGUUUCUAGAGAUAGCGAAAGAGUAUAAGGGCUUCACAGAUGAAGAAAGGAAAAAGGUUGUGGAAGCUGGUGGACUUCACGUGGUGGGGACAGAGAGGCAUGAAUCACGCCGAAUAGACAAUCAGUUGCGUGGGCGAAGUGGCCGGCAAGGGGAUCCUGGAAGUUCUCGAUUCUUCCUUAGUCUUGAAGAUAACAUAUUCCGCAUCUUUGGGGGAGAUCGAAUCCAGGGUAUGAUGAGGGCUUUCAGGGUUGAAGACUUACCCAUCGAAUCCAAGAUGCUUACUAAAGCUCUAGAUGAAGCUCAGAGGAAAGUGGAGAACUACUUCUUUGACAUCAGAAAGCAAUUAUUCGAAUUUGACGAGGUUCUCAAUAGCCAAAGAGAUCGUGUUUACACAGAGAGAAGGCGUGCUCUUGUGUCAGACAGCCUUGAGCCUCUGAUUAUCGAGUAUGCUGAAUUAACAAUGGAUGACAUUCUAGAGGCGAAUAUUGGCCCGGAUACUCCAAAAGAGAGCUGGGAUCUUGAAAAGCUCAUCGCAAAAGUUCAGCAGUACUGUUAUCUGUUGAAUGAUCUCACUCCAGAUUUGCUGAGAAGCCAAGGAUCAAGUUACGAGGGAUUGCAAGAUUACCUCCGUGCCCGUGGCCGCGAUGCAUACUUGCAGAAAAGAGAAAUAGUGGAGAAAGAAGCACCAGGGCUAAUGAAAGAUGCGGAACGUUUCUUGAUCUUGAGCAAUAUAGAUCGGUUAUGGAAAGAACACCUUCAAGCACUCAAGUUCGUUCAACAAGCUGUAGGGCUUAGAGGAUAUGCGCAACGUGAUCCACUCAUCGAGUAUAAGCUCGAAGGAUACAAUCUAUUUCUGGAAAUGAUGGCCCAAAUACGAAGAAACGUUAUAUACUCCAUAUAUCAGUUUCAACCAGUGAUGGUAAAGAAGGACCAAGACAAGAAGUCUCAGAACGGGAAACCAAGCAAACAAGUGGAUAAGUCUAUUCAAGUUGGCGUUGCAGAUGAGCCAUCCUCAGUUGCUAGUGCCUAA